AUGGGCGGAGGGAGAGGGGGAGGCAGCGCGCAUCGCGCUCCACUCCCUGUCGCUGCGCCGGCCCGCAUUAAAAAGUGUCGCGCUCCACUUGGUGUGGGCUGCACCCAGAAGUCGCUCCCAUCGGGCGGGUCUGGGGGUUCUUCCUGCGGCUUUCAGGGGAGGGCGGGGCGAGAAGGAUCUGGGGCGGGACUAGGGUCUCUUUCGCUUUCCCUUUUGUUCUCCAACCGCCGCCGAGGUUCCGCGCGGGUGAGGAGAGGGCGGCUUCCCGGGUGGCUCCGCCUGUGCCCAUACCCCCAGGCUCGCGGGGGCUCAGCGCCUUGCCGCCUCCGCGCACAAGUUGUGCCACGUGGCCUUGACCCCUGUGACUCCCCUGCAGCUCCCGGGCACGCACGAACGAGUCGACUCGCACGCUGGAAGCCAGUGUCCGCCCACCGGCCGCGGCGAUCCGGAACCCGGAAGGGGGCGGGGCAUGGGGUCGAACGCGCGAAGGUCCCCAAGCGCAGCUGGGCAUCCCGGACGGGCGCCACAUCGUGGGCUUUCCUGCACUGCACGCAUUUGCAUUCGCCGAGCGAGGACGGGCUCCUGCGCCGCACACAGCUGACGCUGUUGCUGGACUGGGCCGAGCUGUCCGAGGUUGAGAGCCGCCAAAGUGACGAGGCCGUGGCCUUCAGUGUGCGCCUGGGUGACCACAACUUCGACAACUGCGCGCUUAGGAACGCUGCUGAGAUCCUGCAAUCUCCGCCACUCCGUGGCCUGCCCCGCGGAGAUGCUGAGGGCCUUGGAAAGGAGGAAGGGCGCCGCCACUCCCUGGCAGGCCCUCCCAGGGGAGGCCGCCCGGCUGAGCACUGGCGGGCCAGCGCCUGGACUACGUCACCUACCGAGGAGGACCCGGAGGCGUUCUGAGCCCAGUACGUGCCAGAGCUCAGGGUGCUGGGCCUGCUGGCGCUGGGGCGACCCCUCAACCUGACUCCUGCCCCCAAGAGGUAGAACGGGUGACAUUCAGCACCGCCCUGGUGGGGCUUACGGACCACCUGGCGGUGGGACUUGCAAGCCCUCCUAAGGCAGGUACGGAGGAGACAGGUGCCAGCACGGGUGGAAAGACAGACAGGGACACAGAACGUGAGCCUGGCCAGCCGCCACUGGAACAGGACGACUUCAGGAAUCUUUAUU